AUGCAGGUCGCCGCCUUUCUCUCCGACCUCAAAUCCCUCAGCAUAUGUUCCCACGAAGCUGCAAUCGCCGUUGUGGUGCCCGAAAACGUUGGGCAGCGAGCCCAGACACCGGCUCGACCGAAUACGGGCUUUAUUUCAUCGACAACAGAACCAUUGCCACUAGGACUUGCCAACGACCAGGAGUUGACGCGCGCAAAUGAGCUGGUAUCACUUCAUCACAACGUCAAGGUCAAAUAUCUCGAAACUGGACCUGAUCCUGAACUGGAACAAGCUGCGGCAAUGGUCGACCGCGUUAUUCAAGACUUGAAAACAUGA